UCAAUUAAAACGCUCUCCAAGUCUCAGCUCUUAAGCUGAGCUUCUCAACUCUCUCUCUCUCUCUCUCUCUCUCAUAUUGGUAGUCUAAUAAUGCCCUGAGACGCCAUGGAAAGCGACGAUGAAACCUCACAUACAUCCGAUUUGGAAAAUGAAGAAGAGGAAGAAGAAGAUGAAGAGGAAAGCGGUUCUUAUGGGUGUAAAGACAUGUUGAUGUUGGCCGCAUGCGGGCCUGGUAGUCGAAGGACAAGGAGGGGUGAGAGUGGAGGAAGAUGGUUACUGGGUAGAGUAUUGAACCCACGAGCCAAGUGGGUUCAGGAAUGGAACCGAAUCUUCCUCCUAGUCUGCGCAGCAGGGCUCUUCGUCGACCCACUCUUCUUCUACGCACUCUCCAUAAGCGACACCUGCAUGUGUCUCUUCGUUGAUGGAUGGUUCGCCAUUACCGUCACUGUUCUUCGCUGCAUGACCGACACCUUACACGUCUGGAACAUGUGGCUUCAAUUCAAGAUGGCCAAGUUUCAUCACUCCUCUCCUUCCCAAUAUUACAAUAACAUCACCGGAGAAGAUGAUGAUGGAGAUACAGAAGACCACCGCUCCUCCACCGCCACCGCCACCGCUCCGGCUCGUUCCGUAGCAUUCCGGUACCCAAAGGCCAAGAAGGGCUUCUUCUUCGACCUCUUCGUGAUCCUCCCCUUACCUCAGGUUGUGCUAUGGGUAGCAAUCCCUUCACUGUUAGAGAGAGGAUCAACGACAUUUGUGAUGACGGUGUUGUUGAUAAUAUUUCUGUUUCAAUACCUUCCCAAGAUCUGGCACUCCGUCUGCCUCUUACGUCGUAUGCAAAGCCUUUCUGGUUAUAUCUUUGGCACCGUUUGGUGGAGCAUUGCCCUCAACCUCAUGGCCUACUUUGUUGCUGCCCAUGCGGCUGGUGCAUGUUGGUACUUGUUAGGCCUCCAAAGAGCUGAAAAGUGCCUGAGAGAACAAUGUGGUAUCACACCGGGUUGUGGGGUUAGGACAUUAGCAUGUAAAGAGCCUAUCUAUUACGGAACUGGAAUGGUGACAGACCGUGGGAGAUUGGCUUGGGGAGAGAACAAACAGGUUAGGUCUAUGUGCAUUGAGAGCUCUAAUAAUUUCGACUAUGGUGCUUACGCAUGGACUGUCCAACUGGUUACAAAUGACAGUCGUUUGGAGAAGAUACUGUUUCCCAUCUUCUGGGGUCUAAUGACCCUCAGUACAUUUGGAAACCUGGAGAGCACAACUGAAUGGCUGGAAGUUGUUUUCAACAUCAUCAUCCUAACAAGUGGCCUCCUUCUAGUGACUAUGUUGAUUGGAAAUAUCAAGGUAUUCUUGCAUGCGACGACAUCAAAGAAACAAGCAAUGCAAAUGAAGAUGAGGAAUAUAGAGUGGUGGAUGAAGAGGAGACGCCUGCCUCAGGGAUUCCGGCAGAGGGUACGUCAAUAUGAGCGGCAAUGCUGGGCGGCGAUGCGCGGGGUUGAUGAAUGCGAAAUGAUAAGAAAUCUCCCUGAGGGCCUAAGGAGGGACAUCAAGUAUCAUCUCUGUCUUGACCUAGUGAGGCAGGUACCCUUAUUUCAACAUAUGGAUGAGUUGGUCCUAGAGAACAUAUGUGACCGUGUGAAGUCUCUAAUAUUCCCCAAGGGAGAAACGAUUACAAGAGAAGGUGAUCCAGUCCGAAGAAUGAUAUUUGUUGUAAGGGGACAUCUGCAAAGCAGCCAAGUUCUAAGAGAUGGUGUGAAGAGUUGUUGCAUGCUAGGACCAGGCAAUUUCAGUGGAGAUGAACUUCUCUCAUGGUGCCUUAGACGACCAUUUGUGGAACGUCUACCUCCAUCAUCUUCAACAUUAGUUACACUUGAAACCACAGAAGCAUUUGGGCUUGAAGCUGAAGAUGUGAAGUAUGUGACGCAACAUUUCAGAUACACAUUUGUUAAUGAGAAAGUGAGAAGAAGCGCAAGGUAUUACUCUCCAGGAUGGAGAACUUGGGCAGCUGUGGCUGUUCAACUAGCCUGGAGAAGGUACAGACACCGGUUAACGCUUACGUCGUUAUCGUUUAUACGUCCGCGGAGGCCUCUAUCGCGUUGUUCGUCCUUAGGGGAAGACAGACUUCGGCUCUAUACUGCUUUGUUGACAUCACCGAAGCCCAACCAAGAUGAUUUCUCCUUCUGAUGAGAUCUUCCAAUACUGGAAAAAUGUUUAAUUUCUCUUUUGCUUAUUAUACUUUCCUCCAUUAAACAACAACUACCUGGCACACAUGUGAUGUGCAAAAAGCCUAUGCUCACUGAGAAAUCUAGAGUUCAAGCCUCUUGACUGUUAUCUACUUCUCUCCCUAUAUAACUAUCCAAAAACAAAAGAACUUUCUUCCAUUCUUCUUUUCCAGCUCUCUGGUUUUGUAUAGAUCUCUGAAGAUGGAAAACUUUGUUCAUUUGAAUAAAUCAUUAAGACUAUGGUACUUCAA